UCAUUACACUGCUACAGUUGGGCGAGUCAAUGUUUUUAUCAGUGUAGAAGUCCAUAACAAUGGCAGAGGCUGGGAUUUUAAUUAAUCAGGAUCAGUUUAAUUGUCCAGUGUGUCUAGAUCUCCUAAAGGAUCCUGUUACUACUCCAUGUGGCCACAAUUUCUGUAAAUUGUGUAUUAAUCGCUUCUGGGAUGAUGAAGAUCAGAAGAGGGUCUUCAGCUGCCCGCAGUGUAGGGAAACUUUUACCCCAAGGCCUGUUCUACGCAAGAACAACACGCUGGCUGAGGUGGUGGAGAAACUGAAGAAGACUCAACUAAAAGAUGGGUCUUCUGUUCACUGUUACGCCGAACCUGGAGAUGUGGCGUGUGAUUGCUGCAUCGAGAAGAAACGCAAAGCUGUUAAUUCCUGUUUGGUGUGUCAGGCCUCCAACUGUAAAGAUCAUCUUCAGCCUCACUAUCAGUCUCAGGCUUUUAAGAAGCACAAGUUAGAUGAAGCCAGUGCAGAGUUCCAAGAGAAGAAUGAUGAACACUCAGGCCUAACUGCUGUAGGAGUUCCCAUGAUUUUCCCCUCAGACCUGAUGAGCAGAGAAUAUUUUCUGAAGUAUUUCUGUUAUCUGACUCUGGAUCCCAACACAGCACAUGGUCAACUCAUUCUGUCUGAGAACAACAAAUCGGUGACACACACUAGUAGAGAACAGAGAUACUCUGAACAUCCAGAGAGGUUUGACUCCAGGCCUCAGGUGUUGUGUAAAGAGAGCGUGAAUGGAAGCUGUUACUGGGAAGUGGAGUGGAGCGGUAGUGUGUCUAUAUCAGUAUCGUAUAAAGAGAUCAGCAGGAAAGGAGGAGGUAAUAAGUGUGGGUUUGGAUACAACAGACAGUCCUGGAGUCUGCAGUGUUCUUCUUCGUCUGUCUCGUUCUGGCAUAAUGACAUUAAGACCGAGCUCCAUGGUCCAACAUCUUCGAGAAUAGGUGUGUUUGUAGAUCACAGUGCAGGAACGGUGUCCUUCUACAGCCUCUCUGACAUUAUGAGGCUUCUCCACAGAGUCCACGCUUCAUUCACUCAGCCUCUGUAUGCUGGGUUUAGGAUCUGGUUUAAGUCAACUGUGAGGUUAAUUGAUCCAAAAUGAAAUGAUAGAAAAAGUGUUUAGAAUGAUUAUUGAGGUGUCACAUCUCAUUUCUCACUGAGCUACAAUGGCAUUUAUGUGUGAACAUAUAAUGAAAUUAUUAUUAUUAUUAUUAUUAUUAUUAUUAUUAUUAUUUAUAUUAUUAUUAUCUAACUGCAUUUUUAAGACCUUUAAAAACUACAUAAUGUCCAAAAAAUAAUAUUGUAAAGCAGAAUGUAUGCAGUUUAUAAGAGAUACAUGUAUCAGGUAUGCUCUGCAAUUAUUCUUUUAUGAAAAUGUAUAAUCUGUUCAGUAGUUGAUAUAAUGUGCACUUUGGAAAUAUUCAGACCGCCUUCACAUAAAUCUGCAAAAAUAAUACUUGAAAUAAUUAUAAACUAAUUAUAAACAACAAUGGACUCUUUUCUCUG